AUGUGCUGCGCAGGAGCUGUCUGGUGCCUCGGCGACUCACACACAUCACUGACAUCAACGGAGCCUUCAUUUGCAGGGUUCUACUACAUCUGUUUCCAGCAGUCCAAGGCCUCCAUUGAAGGCUACUACUACCACAAGCUCUCGGAGUGGUAUCAGAGUAUUGAGCUGGAGCAUGUGCCUGAGAAAGCAGUGUCAGUCUAUCAGUUCCACUGAUGAUACCAACUCUAGCAUACUGGAUACUGUACUUCUGGACUUUUGUACCGACUUCAAACACCCGUGUGUCUGUCAUGUGACUGUCAUGUGAUCAUCAACACCUCAAUUCCGUGUUUGUAUAAUAGUAUAUACGUCUCUCUCCCUCUUUCAAGAUCAUUCAUUGUAUGUUAUGUAAUGACUCAAGUAAUUGUUUGUUGUAUUGUACUUCAAAAACAUAACGGCUAUAUUAAUGAAAAGCACUUGAAAGUGCAUAACCCUCGCCACUUUAUUCUU